GAGCGACACUUCACUAUGCGACGCGUCAACGAGUCCGCCAUAUUGAAAAGGUCUACGGUCUAAACUCGGCUGAAGCUUUCUUAUGUACAGACGAUUUUUAAAAACUUUUUUCACCAGCCAUGCUGGUGUCCGAAACGUAAAAACGCUGCCUUAUAAGGCUGUAUUUGGAAGCAGGAAAGCAUUGUGUCUGAAUCGUAUAGUUUGCAGCCUUCUGAGAUAACUUAAUCUGGUCGGUUUUUGAAGCUAGCAUACAUUUUACCUUUCGCCUUCCUACAUAUCCCAUAAUGCAGCAUGCCAGCCAGCUUGUAAAAAUGGCGGCGGAAAACACAGGGGAGUGAGUGAAGACAAAUACGUUAUUUUUUUUGUUUGUUUGUUUAAGGUUUUAUUUAUGGAGAGAAACAGCUUAUGUGCUCACAGAAUAUAUGCUUUAUUUCCCCAACGAUACUUCAUUCCAUUUCGCAUAAUUGACUUUAGGGUUAGUGGCCGUUAGCGUAUGUAGGUAUCCAAGCAACGUGGUGACGUAUCUGCCUUCGAGGUCCGUCUCGAACCGAUUCAUGGUAAAGGUGUCGAAACGCUGCCUAAACCAGUUAUGAAACAGCAAACCGCCAAAGGAAUCGAGUGUUCUGUUUCCGACACAAACAAACGUGGGCGUGACCCUAUGUGGAAAGUGAAGCUGUUUCUACUUCUCGAGUAUUGAAAGAAAGAAGAUUCUGGAUCAGUAGGAGAGUUUGUAGAGAUUGUCAGUUCAGUUUGGCUAGUUUAUCAGUAACUUCUGAAAGCUGUGUGUGUGUGUGUGUGUGUGUGUGUGUGUGUGUGUGUGUGUGUGUGUAUAUAUACAUAUAUAGCAGGCACGUGCUUCAUUCAUAAUAUUUCAGGUCAGACACAGAAGCAGUCAGAUGCAGUGUUGCUGUGAAAUAAUCUGUACUGUUUAAUCAGAAUCGACUCAUCACUGUGGUGAAUAAACUAGAAAAGCAUUUUUUUUUUUUUUUUUAAAUCUACACCUGACAGCUGUACCAUCUCCUCUUCUCCUUCAUCUCUACUUUACAGUGUCCAUGAUGUCUGUGACAAACAAGAGCGUUUUCCCUCAGAUAGCCUUAAGGUCUGAAGUGCAGGAAUAUCUUCACAAUGUCUACACGAACAAAGAGCUCGUGUCUGAACUCGGAAAGGAGGAGGCAGAGAGUGUGUUUGAUUCACUGCUGUCCUGUCUGUCCCACCCACCCACACUCACCUGCCUGAGAGCCAGCACACACAUACACACUCUACAGGACAUCCAACACAGGCUGGAGCAGUACCUUGCACAGCAACAAGGGAGUGGUUGUUAUGGUGACAGUGUUUCCACACCCAUCCUGACUCACCCACAACUUCCAGAUGUGCUGCUCCUGCCGGUCAGAGGGCCGAGGGAUGUGAGUAUUCUGAAUGCUGAAGUGAUGCUCGGUGCACAGUGUGGCAGUGCGGUACUGAGAGGAGCUCAUGUCUUUGCUCCAGGUGUCCUCAGUGCACCGAAGUUUAUGAAAGCAGGUGACGCAGUGUCAGUGUUCUCAGAUGUGGAGGGCAGGUGCACACGAGGAGCUAAAGAGUUCCUGGGGAAGAAGGUCUUCUUGGGGAAUGGUGUGUGUGUGAUGAACCGUUCUGAUAUAUUCUGUGCAGAAGGACCAGUGAGAGGCGUGGCCAUUAGGAUGGUGGACGCUCUUUACCAAAGCCCAUCCUUUGAUGGCGUGCUCCCAAAUGAAGUGUUCCUGCAGAACCUCCCGUCAGUGGUGGUGGGCCAUGUUUUGGGGCCUCGUCCUGGUGAGAGGAUCUUGGACAUGUGUGCAGCUCCUGGAGGAAAGACUACACACAUAGCUGCUCUCAUGGCUGAUCAGGGAGUGGUAGUGGCUCUGGACAAGAUCAAAUCCAAAGUGGAGAAGAUCAGUGAGAACGCUCAGGCUCUGCGUCUACACUGCAUUAAAGCGCACUGUUACAACAGCAUACAGGCCGUCUGCUCUGAUCUUACCCACGACUGUAGUACAGACACUCCUCCGUUCCCAGAAGAGAGUUUUGAUCGGAUUUUAUUGGACGCUCCAUGCAGUGGGCUGGGACAGAGACCUAACAUGGCGCUCAACUACGGUCUCAAGGAAGUGUGCUCAUACCAGCCUUUACAGAGAAAACUGUUCCGCACGGCUGUGCAGCUCUUGAAGAAGGGAGGUGUGUUGGUGUAUAGUACCUGCACUGUAACACUUGCUGAGAAUGAAGAGCAGGUGGCCUGGGCAUUGAAAACAUUCCCUUGUUUAACUCUGGAGCCACAGGUUUUGCUGAUCCGUACAUGCCAGUCCAGCAUGGAGCCACACCUUGGAUCCCAAGGCAUGCCUGGAGCCGGAUUAUCACGUGACCAGCGGAGGCUGCUGCAGAGGUUCCGCCCAGAAUUAUCAUGGCGCGAGGCUACUGACAGUCACGCCUCUGACGAUCUCCUGCUAAAAGCCAACACGGACACUAUCGGGUUCUUCAUAGCGAAGUUCAGCAAGAGAUAACGCACGUUCGCUCGAACACGUGCUCCCGAAGCAGCUCGAGGAGGCCGAUGGAAACGAGUGCCUGGGAGGGAGGGGUGAACGGACGGCAUGAAUGGAGGGGAGAGAAGGGGUGGUGCCAUGCGUAGUUCUGCUUCCGUUGCCAUGACAACAGUGACGCAACGGCUGCUAUGGUGAUGGUUGGGUUUGCGUGACCAUUGGACUGUGACCAGGAAGCAACAUGCAGCCAGAGGACACGAUGGUAUUGACAGUUUCUCACACACACAGCCAAUGACCAGAAGCUGAAUUUGUUAAUCAACAGAUGCGAACACUGAACAGUUUUUUGUUUUUUGUUUUUAAUUAUUUUUUUAAAAUGGAGAAGCGGAGCCAGUUUUUAAUCAAAAUGCCGGAAGAAUAUUAAGAAGAUGGACACAUGGAAAUGGACACAUGGAAAUGAACAUGCUUUAAUAUUUAGUGAGCGCAUUUUGUAAACGAACACGGAUAAACGUUCUGAAAGCAGAUACCUUUUUAAAUAGUUAUUUUAGAUGAUCUCACAGGCAGAUCUGACACCAGAGCAGUGAUUUAAGUGGUCAGGCAAUAAAGAAAUUCGAUUGAA